AAACCACAAAAAUACCGCAAUGAUAAACAAUCCUCAAAUCAAAUCUACAAUAACCACAACAACAAUUUGAAUUCUGCAAAUGCAAAAGCAACAACAACAACAUUACAAACUACAGAUCAAUACCAAAGGGAUCAGGCAAAUUAUCUAAGCAGUAAUCAAUGUAGCAGCCAAGUAAUCAAUUCCCUAGAUAUAAUCUCAGUAGAGCUGCAGCAACAACAACAGCAGCAGCAGCAUUACAACAACAAUUAUUACUAUUAUUACAACUACAACUUAAGCUAUGCACCACCGGCACCACACGAAUGCCUCCUCGUUGGCACCAAGGGUCGUCUGCAGCAAUUGAAACGACGCACACAACACGAGCUGCAGCAAUGGCCACUGCUCAUGCAGCUGGUGGUGCUGAUCCUCUGGCUGCACGGCAAGUUUUGGCAGCUAGUGCGCGAGCACUUCAUGAUGCCUCGACGGCGCUGGCAUUAGAAUGGAUGAGCGAUGAAGAUAGAUGGGGCAGUGGCCUGGGAUUGGAAUGGUUCAGUCAUGGGGUAUGCAGUAAGAUCUUAGCUUAAGUUGUUUAAUUAUGCAACUCUUUCAAACUCAAAACUCAAUAAAUAUACAACUAAAAAUA